GCCCAACUGUCGCGAGAACGGUGCUUAACGUUUUGACCUGUAGAGGCCCUCACUUUUCGUCAUGGCGCUGAAGGUGGCGAUAGCUGCUGGCGGUACUGCAAAGGCAAUGCUCAAGCCAGCUCUCCUCUGCCGUCCUUGGGAGGUUCUGGCUGCCCAUGAGGCCUCCCGAAGGAGCAUUUCCUCAUUGUGUUAGACAGUGUCCCCAGGGAAAAGAUCCCAGUUCCUUAGUCACAGCCUUGUUCCUCCAACCUUGGCUGAUCCACGUCUUCUUCCUUUCUGUCUUCCCUCUAGCAGCAGACAAUUCCUCCAUCUGCUAAGUAUGGUGGGCGGCAUACAGUGACUAUGAUCCCAGGGGAUGGCAUCGGCCCGGAGCUCAUGUUGCAUGUUAAGUCUGUAUUCAGGCAUGCGUGUGUGCCAGUAGACUUUGAAGAGGUGCAUGUAAGCUCCAACGCUGAUGAGGAGGACAUCCGCAAUGCCAUCAUGGCCAUCCGCCGGAACCGUGUGGCCCUGAAGGGCAACAUCGAAACAAAUCAUAAUCUACCACCAUCCCACAAAUCCCGAAACAACAUCCUUCGAACCAGCCUAGACCUCUAUGCCAACGUCAUCCACUGUAAGAGCCUGCCAGGAGUGGUGACCCGGCACAAGGACAUAGACAUCCUCAUUGUACGGGAAAACACAGAAGGCGAGUACAGCAGCCUGGAGCAUGAGAGUGUAGCAGGAGUGGUGGAGAGCUUGAAGAUUAUCACCAAAGCCAAGUCCCUACGCAUUGCUGAAUAUGCUUUCAAGCUGGCCCAGGAGAGUGGGCGUAAGAAAGUGACAGCUGUGCACAAGGCCAACAUCAUGAAACUGGGUGAUGGACUCUUCCUCCAGUGCUGCAGGGAAGUAGCAGCCCGCUACCCUCAAAUCAUCUUUGAAAGCAUGAUUGUGGACAACACAACAAUGCAGCUGGUAUCCCGGCCUCAGCAGUUUGAUGUCAUGGUGAUGCCUAAUCUCUAUGGUAACAUUGUCAACAACGUCUGUGCAGGGCUAGUUGGAGGCCCAGGCCUUGUGGCUGGGGCCAACUAUGGCCAUGUAUAUGCAGUUUUCGAGACAGCUACAAGGAACACAGGCAAAAGUAUUGCCAAUAAGAACAUUGCUAACCCUACUGCCACACUGCUAGCAAGUUGCAUGAUGCUAGACCACCUCAAGCUCCAUUCCUAUGCCACUUCCAUCCGUAAAGCUGUCUUAGCAUCCAUGGACAAUGAAAAUAUGCAUACCCCAGACAUUGGAGGCCAGGGCACCACUUCCCAAGCCAUCCAGGACAUCAUUCGUCACAUCCGCAUCAUUAAUGGACGGGCUGUGGAGGCUUAGCUAUCCCUACAGUUUGCUCAGCCUGUCUGUAGGACUCCCUUCUCACUUUAGUACUCCAGCUAGCUUGGGGGACAGACUCCAAAAUAAAGCCACUUCUGUUCCAGAACUCGA